AUGCAGCUCACUCUCUCCGCUGUUGUCCUUGCCUUUGCUGGCCUUUCCGCUGCCAUGCCCGCUGAGUCCAUGAACCAUGGCCUCCAGCACCAGGACGGCGCCCCUCGCUUCCCUGUUCCCGACAGCCUGACUGUCGAGCAGGCCCAGGCCAAGUGUGGUGACCAGGCUCAGCUAUCUUGCUGCAACAAGGCCACCUACGCCGGUGACACUACUGACAUCAACUCCGGCCUCCUUGCCGGCACCCUCUCCAACCUGAUCGGGGCUGGCUCUGGUGCAUCCGGUCUUGGUCUCUUCGACCAGUGCUCCAAGCUCGACCUCCAGGUCCCUAUCCUCAUUGGUGUCGGCCUCCAGGAUAUCCUCAACCAGCGAUGCAAGCAGAACAUCGCCUGUUGCGCCAACUCCCCUUCCACCGCCAGCAGCGACGCUGUCGGGGCCGGUCUUCCCUGUGUUGCUCUUGGCUCCAUCCUCUAA